AAGAAACAACAAAAAUUUUACAAAAACAAAAGGACAGCAUGACAAAAGAGAUGACCAUAACAAUGGGAGGGAUGGAGGAUGCCACCAAAGAAGACAAGUUCAAAAUGCCAAAGCUCAGCACACCCUCUCUCGGGGUGUUGGCCCCUGGAAAGAGCAUGGGCUCACUGGAGGUGUUGGCCCCAAAGGUCCAGGAAGACAUAAGCCAGCCCUCAAUCCCAGGUGACCACAAGACCAAGGACUUCAGUUUUGAGCUCCCUUCUGCUGACCUGGAGGUCAAGGCUGGCCAAGUGAACGUGAAGAUCCAAGAGGGCCAGCUGCCCGAGGGAGAACUGGAAGGCCAGGCUGCUGGAGAGAGCCUAAAAGGCCUCCUGCCCAAGGUGCAGAUGCCCAGCCUCAAGAUUCCCACAGUGGACAUCAAGGGCACCAAGGAGGAUCAGAAAGGCACCAAAGGCGAGGAUAGCCCCAAUGUGGGUGCCAGCCUGGAGGUGGACAUCCAAGCUCCCGGAGCCAAGCUGGAGGGGAACCUGGCCCUGGCAGACAAGGACAUGGCUGCCAAAGACAGCAAGUUCAAAAUGCCCAAGUUCAAGAUGCCCUCAUUCGGGGUGUCGAAACCUGGUAAGGGCAUGGAGACCUCACUGGAGGUGUCAGCCCCCAAGGUCAAGGCGGACGUGGCCCUGCCCUCCAUCCAGAGUGAUCUCAAGACCACUGACAUCAGUGUGGAGUUCCCUUCUACUGACCUGGUAGUCGAGGCUGGCAAGGUGGACGUGAAGCUCCCAGAGGGCCAACUGCCCAAGAGAGAGAUGGCAGGCCAGGCUGCAGGAACCACCCUGAAAGACCACUUGCCCAAGGUGCAUCAGAGCAUCAAGAUGCCCAAAGUUGACCUCAAGGGCCCCCAGGUGGAAAUCAAGGGACCCAAUGUGGUCAUGAAAGGCCCCAAGGGCAAGGUGAACAAACCUGAGCUAGACGUGCCCAGCCUGGAGAUGGAUGUCCAGGCUCCCGGAGCCAGGCUGGAGGGGGACCUGGCCAUGGAAGACAAGGACCUGGCCGCCAAAGACAGCAAGUUCAAAAUGCCCAAGUUCAAGAUGCCCUCCUUUGGGGUGUCCGCCCCCGGAAAGAGCAUGGAGGCCUCAAUGGAGGUGUCGGCCCCCAAGGUCCAGGCAGAUGUGGCCCUGCCCUCCAUCCAGGGUGACCUCAAGAUCACCGACACUAGAGUUGAACUCCCUUCUGCUGACCUGGAGUUCAAGACUGGCCAAGAGGAUGUUAAACUCCCGGAGGGCCAGAGGCCUGAGGGAGAGCUGACCAGUCAGGCUGCUGGAGCUGGCCUGAAAGGCCACCUGCCCAAGGUGCAGAUGCCCAGCCUAAAGACACCUAAAGUGGACAUCAAGGGCCCAAAGCUGGACGUGAAAGGCCCCAAGGGCAAGGUGAGCGCAUCUGAGCGGGACAUGUCCAGCCUGGAUGUGGACAUUCAAGUCCCUGGAGACAACCUGAAGGGGGACCUGGCCCAGGCAGACAAGGACAUGGCCACCAAAGACAGGAAAUUCAAAAUGCCCAAGUUCAAGAUGCCCUCCUUCGGGGUGUUGGCCCCUGGCAAGGACAUGGAGGCCUCGCUGGAGGUGUCAGCCCAAAAGGUCCAGGCAGAUGUGGUCCUGCCCUCCAUCCAGGGUGAUCUCAAGAUCACCGACACUAGCGUUGAACUCCCUUCUGCUGAACUAGAGGUCAAGGAUGGCCAGGUGGACGUGAGGCUCCCAGAGGGCCAGCUGCCCCAGGGUGAACUGGCUGAGCACACUGCUGGAAAAGAUCUGAAAGGGCACCUGCCCAAGUUGCAGAUACUUGGCCUCAAGAUGCCCAAAGUGGAGAUCAAGGGUCCCCAGGUGGAUAUCAAGGGAUCCAAGGUAGACAUGAAUAGCCCCAAAGGCAAGGUGAGCACCCCUGAACUGGAGGUGGACAUCCAGGCUCCAAGAGCCAAGCCACAGAUGGACCAGGCACUGGCAGACAAGGACAUGGCCGCCAAAGACAGCAAGUUCAAAAGGCCCAAGUUCAAGAUGCCCUCAUUUGGGGUGCCGGCCCCUGGCAAGGACAUGGAGGCCUCGCUGGAGAUAUCAGCCCCAAUGAUCCAGGCAGAUGUGGCCUUGCCCUCCAUCCAGGGUGAUCUCAAGAUCACCGACACUAGCGUUGAACUCCCUUCUGCUGACCUAGAGGUCCAGGAUAGCCAGGUGGACAUGAGGCUCCCAGAGGGUCAGCUGCUCCAGGGUGAACUGGCUGAGCACGCUGCUGGAGCUGGCCUGAAAGGGCACCUGCCCAAGUUGCAGAUACCCGGCAUCAAGAUGCCCAAAGUAGAGAUCAUGGGUCCCAGUGGACAUCAAGGGAUCAAGGUAGACAUGAAAAGCCCCAAGGGAAAGGUGAUCACCCCUGAACUGGAAGUGGAUAUCCAGGCUCCCGGAGCCAAGCUGGAGAUGGACCAGGCACUGGCAGAAAAAGAUGUGGCCACCAAAGACAGCAAGUUCAAAAUGCCCAAGUUCAAGAUGCCCUCUUUCGUGCCGGCCCCGGGCAAGACCAUGGAGGCCUUGCUGGAUGUGUCGGCCCCCAAGAUCCAAGAGGAUGUGCCCCUGCCAUCCAUUCAAGCUGAGCUAAAGACCACUGACGUCAGCCUUGCUCCCUCUGCUGGGCUAGACAUCAAGACUGGCCAGGAGGAUGUUAAACUCCCAGAGGGCCAACUGCCCGAGGGAGAGCUGGUUGGCCAGGCUACUGGAGCUGGCCUAAAAGGCCACCUGCCCAAGGUGCAGAUGCCCAGCCUCAAGAUUUCUAAAGUGGACCUCAAGGGACCCCAGGUAGACAUCAAAGGACCCAAGGUGGACAUCAAGGGAUCCAAGGUAGACAUGAAAGGCCCCACUGGUGAAGUGAGCACCCCUAAACUGGAGGUGGACAUCCAGGUGCCCAGAGCCAAGCUGGAGGGGGACCUGGCCCUGGCAGAAAAGGACCUGGCUGCCAAAGACAGCAAGUUCAAAAUGCCCAAGUUCAAGAUGCCCUCUUUUGGGGUAUCAGCCCCCGGCAAGGGCAUGGAGGCCUCAGUGGAGGUGUCGGCCCCCAAGAUCCAAGAGGAUGUGCCCCUGCCCUCCAUCCAAGCCAAGCUAAAGAGCACUGAUGUCAGUCUUGAACUCCCCUCUGCUGAGCUAGACAUCAAGACUGGCCAGGAAGAUGUUAAAUUCCUGGAGGGUGAGCUGCCGGAGGGAGAGCUUGUUGGCCAGGCUACUGGAGCUGAGCUGAAAGGCCACCUGCCCAAGGUGCAGAUGCCCAGCCUCAAGAUGCCUCAAGUGGACCUCAAGGGACCCCAGGUAGACAUCAAGGCCAAAGUGGACAUGAAAGGCCCUAAGGGUGAUGUGAGCACAUCUGAGUUGGACAUGCCCAGCCUGGAGGUGGACUUCCAGGCUCCCGGAGCCAAGCUGGAGGGGGACCUGGCCCUGGCAGAAAAGGACCUGGCUGCCAAAGACAGCAAGUUCAAAAUGCCCAAGUUCAAGAUGCCCUCUUUUGGGGUAUCAGCCCCCGGCAAGGGCAUGGAGGCCUCAGUGGAGGUGUCGGCCCCCAAGAUCCAAGAGGAUGUGCCCCUGCCGUCCAUCCAAGCCGAGCUAAAGACCACUGACGUCAGCCUUGAGCUCCCCUCUGCUGAGCUAAAGAUCAAGACUGGCCAGGAAGAUGUUAAAUUCCUGGAGGGUGAGCUGCCCGAGGGAGAGCUUGUUGGCCAGGCUACUGGAGCUGAGCUGAAAGGCCACCUGCCCAAGGUGCAGAUGCCCAGCCUCAAGAUGCCUCAAGUGGACCUCAAGGGACCCCAGGUAGACAUCAAGGGCCCCAAAGUGGACAUGAAAGGACCCAAGGGCGAGGUGAGCACAUCUGAGUUGGACAUGCCCAGCCUGGAGGUGGACUUCCAGGCUCCCGGAGCCAAGCUGGAGGGGGACCUGGCCCUGGCAGAAAAGGACCUGGCUGCCAAAGACAGCAAGUUCAAAAUGCCCAAGUUCAAGAUGCCCUCCUUCAGGGUUUCUGCCCCUGGCAAGGGCACGGAGGCCUCAGUGGAGGUGUCGGCCCCCAAGAUCCAAGAGGAUGUGCCCCUGCCGUCCAUCCAAGCCGAGCUAAAGACCACUGACGUCAGCCUUGAACUCCCCUCUGCUGAGCUAAAGAUCAAGACUGGCCAGGAAGAUGUUAAAUUCCUGGAGGGUGAGCUGCCUGAGGGAGAGCUUGUUGGCCAGGCUACUGGAGCUGAGCUGAAAGGCCACCUGCCCAAGGUGCAGAUGCCCAGCCUCAAGAUGCCUCAAGUGGACCUCAAGGGACCCCAGGUAGACAUCAAGGGCCCCAAAGUGGACAUGAAAGGCCCCAAGGGCGAGGUGAGCACAUCUGAGUUGGACAUGCCCAGCCUGGAGGUGGACUUCCAGGCUCCCGGAGCCAAGCUGGAGGGGGACCUGGCCCUGGCAGAAAAGGACCUGGCUGCCAAAGACAGCAAGUUCAAAAUGCCCAAGUUCAAGAUGCCCUCCUUCGGGUUGUCAGCCCCUGGAAAGGGCACGGAAGCCUCGUUGAAGGUGUCGGACCCCAAGGUCCAGACAGAUGUGGCCCUGCCCCUCAUCCAGUGCGACCUCCAGACCACUGAUGUCACUGUUGAACAACCUCCUGCUGACCUGGAGUUCAAAGCUGGCCAGCUGGAUGUGAAACUUCCGGAACGCCAGCUGCCCGAGGGAGAGCCGGUUGGCCAGGCUACUGGCGUUGGCCUGAAAGGCCACCUGCCCAAGGUGCAGAUGCCCAGCCUCAAGAUUUCUAAAGUGGACCUCAAGGGACCCAAUGUAGACACCAAGGGCCCCAAGGUGGAUGUGAAAGGCCCCAAGGGUGAUGUGAGCACAUCUGAUUUGGACAUGCCCAGCCUGGAGGUGGACAUCAAGGCUCCAGGAGCCAAGCUGGAGAGGGACCUGGCACUGGCAGACAAGGACAUGACCUCCAGAGACAGCAAGUUCAAAAUGCCCAAGUUCAAGAUGCCCUCCUUUGGGGUAUCUGCCCCUGGCAAGGACACAGAGGCCUCACUAGAGGUGUCAGCCCCCAAAGUCCAGGCAGAUGUGGCCCUGCCCUCCAUCUUGGGCGACAUAGAGACCACUGACUUCAGUGUUGAGUUCCCUUCUGCCGACCUGGAGUUCAAGGCUUGCCAGCUGGAUGUGAGGAUCCAAGAGGGCCAAAAGCACAAGGGAGAACUGGAAGGCAAGGCUGCUGGAGCCAGCCACAAAGGCCACCUGCACAAAGUGCAGAUGCCAAGCAUGAAGAUGACCAAAGUGGACCUCAAGGGCCCCCAGAUGGAAGGGAAAGGCCCCAAGGGCGAGGUGAGCACUUCUGAGUUGGACAUGCCUAGCCUGGAGGUGGACAUCAAGGCUCCCGGAGCCAAGCUGGAGGGGGACCUGUCCCCGGCAGACAAGGACAUGGCCGCCAAAGACAGCAAGUUCAAAAUGCCCAAGUUCAAGAUGCCGUCCUUCGGGGUGUCCGCCCCCGGAAAGAGCAUGGAGGCCUCAGUGGAGGUGUCGGCCCCCAAGAUCCAAGAGGAUGUGCCCCUGCCCUCCAUCCAAGCCGAGCUAAAGACCACUGACGUCAGCCUUGAACUCCCCUCUGCUGAGCUAGACAUCAAGACUGGCCAGGAGGAUGUUAAAUUCCUGGAGGGCCAGCUGCUCGAGGGAGAGCUGGUUGGACAGGCUACUGGAUCUGGCCUGAAAGACCACCUGCCCAAAGUGCAGAUGACCAGCCCCAAGAUGCCUAAAGUGGGCCUCAAGGGACCCCAGGUAGACAUCAAAGGACCCAAGGUGGACAUCAAGGGAUCCAAGGUAGACAUGAAAGGCCCCACUGGUGAAGUGAGCACCCCUAAACUGGAGGUGGACAUCCAGGCGCCCAGAGCCAAGCUAGAAGGGGACCUGGCCCUGGCAGACAAGGACAUGGCCGCCAAAGACAGCAAGUUCAAAAUGCCCAAGUUCAAGAUGCCCUCUUUUGGGGUAUCAGCCCCCGGCAAGGGCAUGGAGGCCUCAGUGGAGGUGUCGGCCCCCAAGAUCCAAGAGGAUGUGCCCCUGCCGUCCAUCCAAGCCGAGCUAAAGACCACUGACGUCAGCCUUGAGCUCCCCUCUGCUGAGCUAAAGAUCAAGACUGGCCAGGAAGAUGUUAAAUUCCUGGAGGGUGAGCUGCCGGAGGGAGAGCUUGUUGGCCAGGCUACUGGAGCUGAGCUGAAAGGCCACCUGCCCAAGGUGCAGAUGCCCAGCCUCAAGAUGCCUCAAGUGGACCUCAGUGGACCCCAGGUAGACAUCAAGGGCCCCAAGGUGGACGUGAAAGGCCCCAAGGGUGAUGUGAGCACAUCUGAUUUGGACAUGCCCAGCCUGGAGGUGGACAUCAAGGCUCCAGGAGCCAAGCUGGAGAGGGACCUGGCACUGGCAGACAAGGACAUGACCUCCAGAGACAGCAAGUUCAAAAUGCCCAAGUUCAAGAUGCCCUCCUUUGGGGUAUCUGCCCCUGGCAAGGACACAGAGGCCUCACUAGAGGUGUCAGCCCCCAAAGUCCAGGCAGAUGUGGCCCUGCCCUCCAUCUUGGGCGACAUAGAGACCACUGACUUCAGUGUUGAGUUCCCUUCUGCCGACCUGGAGUUCAAGGCUUGCCAGCUGGAUGUGAGGAUCCAAGAGGGCCAAAAGCACAAGGGAGAACUGGAAGGCAAGGCUGCUGGAGCCAGCCACAAAGGCCACCUGCACAAAGUGCAGAUGCCAAGCAUGAAGAUGACCAAAGUGGACCUCAAGGGCCCCCAGAUGGAAGGGAAAGGCCCCAAGGGCGAGGUGAGCACUUCUGAGUUGGACAUGCCUAGCCUGGAGGUGGACAUCAAAGCUCCCGGAGCCAAGCUGGAGGGGGACCUGUCCCCGGCAGACAAGGACAUGGCCGCCAAAGACAGCAAGUUCAAAAUGCCCAAGUUCAAGAUGCCGUCCUUCGGGGUGUCCGCCCCCGGAAAGAGCAUGGAGGCCUCAGUGGAGGUGUCGGCCCCCAAGAUCCAAGAGGAUGUGCCCCUGCCGUCCAUCCAAGCCGAGCUAAAGACCACUGACGUCAGCCUUGAGCUCCCCUCUGUUGAGCUAAAGAUCAAGACUGGCCAGGAAGAUGUUAAAUUCCUGGAGGGUGAGCUGCCGGAGGGAGAGCUUGUUGGCCAGGCUACUGGAGCUGAGCUGAAAGGCCACCUGCCCAAGGUGCAGAUGCCCAGCCUCAAGAUGCCUCAAGUGGACCUCAAGGGACCCCAGGUAGACAUCAAGGGCCCCAAAGUGGACAUGAAAGGACCCAAGGGCGAGGUGAGCACAUCUGAGUUGGACAUGCCCAGCCUGGAGGUGGACUUCCAGGCUCCCGGAGCCAAGCUGGAGGGGGACCUGGCCCUGGCAGAAAAGGACCUGGCUGCCAAAGACAGCAAGUUCAAAAUGCCCAAGUUCAAGAUGCCCUCCUUCGGGGUGUCCGCCCCCGGCAAGGACAUGGAAGCCUCGCUGGAGGUGUCGGCCAUAAAGGUCCAGGCGGACGUGGCCCUGUCCUCCAUCCAGGGUGAUCUCAAGAUCACCGACACUAGUGUUGAACUCCCUUCCGCUGAGCUGGAGUUCAAGACUGGCCAGGAGGACGUGAAGCUCCUGCAGGGCCAGCUGCCCGAGGGAGAGCUUGUUGGCCAGGCUACUGGAGCUGAGCUGAAAGGCCACCUGCCCAAGGUGCAGAUGCCCAGCCUCAAGAUGCCUCAAGUGGACCUCAAGGGACCCCAGGUAGACAUCAAGGGCCCCAAAGUGGACAUGAAAGGCCCUAAGGGUGAUGUGAGCACAUCUGAGUUGGACAUGCCCAGCCUGGAGGUGGACUUCCAGGCUCCUGGAGCCAAGCUGGAGGGGGACCUGGCCCUGGCAGAAAAGGACCUGGCUGCCAAAGACAGCAAGUUCAAAAUGCCCAAGUUCAAGAUGCCCUCUUUUGGGGUAUCAGCCCCCGGCAAGGGCAUGGAGGCCUCAGUGGAGGUGUCGGCCCCCAAGAUCCAAGAGGAUGUGCCCCUGCCGUCCAUCCAAGCCGAGCUAAAGACCACUGACGUCAGCCUUGAACUCCCCUCUGCUGAGCUAGAGAUCAAGACUGGCCAGGAUGAUAUUAAAUUCCUGGAGGGUGAGCUGCUCGAGGGAGAGCUGGUUGGCCAGGCUACUGGAGCUGGCCUAAAAGACCUCCUGCCCAAGGUGCAGACGCCCAGCCUCAAGAUGCCUAAAGUGGACCUCAAGGGACCCCAGGUAGAUAUCAAAGGCCCAAAGGUGGACAUUAAGGGUUCCAAGGUAGACAUGAAAGGCCCCACUGGCGAUGUGAGCACCCCUGAACUGGAGGUGGAUGUCCAGGCUCCCGGAGCCAAGCUAGAGACGAACCAGGCACUGGCUGAAAAGGACGUGGCCGCCAAAGACAGCAAGUUCAAAAUGCCCAAGUUCAAGAUGCCCUCCUUCGGGGUGUCGGCCCCUGGCAAGGGCACGGAGGCCUCGCUGAAGGUGUCGGCCUCCAAGGUCCAGACAGACGUGGCCCUGCCCCUCAUCCAGGGUGACCUCCAGACUACUGAUGUCACCAUUGAACAACCUUCUGCUGACCUGGAGUUCAAAGCUGGCCAGCUGGAUGUGAAGCUUCUGGAGGGCCAGCUGCCCAAGUGUGAGCUGGUUGGCCAGGCUACUGGAGCCGGCCUGAAAGACCACCUGCCCAAGGUGCAGAUGCACAGGUUCGAGAUGCCUAAAGUGGACCUCGAGGGACCCAAGCUGGACGUGAAAGGCCCAAAGGGGGAUGUGAGCACAUCUGAGUUGGACGUGCCCAGUCUGGAGGUGGACAUCCAGGCUCCCACAGCCAAGCUAGAGAUGGACCAGGCAAUGGCAGACAAGGACAUGGCCGCCAAAGACAGCAAGUUCAAAAUGCUCAAGUUCAAGAUGCCAUCCUUUGGGGUGUCGGCCCCCGACAAGAGCAUGGAGGCCUUGCUGGAGGUGUCUACCCCCAAGGUCCAGGCAGAUGUGGCCCUGCCCUCCAUUCAGGGCAAGCUAAAGACUACUGACGUCAGCCUUGAACUCCCCUCUGCUGAGCUAGAGAUCAAGACUGGCCAGGAGGAUGUUAAACUCCCAGAGGGACAGCUGCCCGAGGGAGAGCUGGUUGGCCAGGCUACUGGAGCGGGCCAGAAAGGUCACCUGCCCAACGUGCAGAUGCCCGGCCUCAAGAUGUCUAAAGUGGACCUCAAGGGACCCCAGGUAGACAUCAAGGGCCCCAAGAUGGACAUGAAAUGCCCCAAGGGCGAUGUGAGUACAUUUGAUUUGAAAAUGCCCAGCUUGGAGGUGGACAUCCAAGCCCCCGGAGCCAAGCUGAAGGAGGACCUGGCUCCGGCUGAAAAGGACCUGGCCACCAAAGACAGCAAGUUCAAAAUGCCCAAGUUCAAGAUGCCCUCCUUUGGGGUGUCCGCCCCCGGCAAAGACACAGAGACCUCACUGGAGGUGUCUGCCCCGAAGGUCCAGGCUGACGUAGCCCUGUCCUCCAUCCAGGGUGAUCUCAAGACCACUGACGUGAGCAUGGCGCUCCCUUCUGCUGAAUUAGAGUUUAAAGCUGGCUAUGUGGACGUGAAGCUCCCAGAGGGCCAGCUGCCUGAGGGAGAGCUGACUGGCCAGGCUGCUGGAGCUGGCCUGAAAGACCUCCUGCCCAAGUUGCAGAUACCCAGCCUCAAGAUGCCCAAAGUGGACAUCAAGGGUCCCCAGGUGGACCUCAAGGGUCCUCAGGUGGACAUCAAGGGAUCCAAGGUAGACAUGAAAGGCCCCACUGGCAAGGUAAGCACCCCUGAACUAGAUGUGGACAUCCAGGCUCCCAGAGCCAAGCUAGAGAUGGACCAGGCAGUGGCUGAAAAGGACCUGGCCGCCAAAGACAGCAAGUUCAAAAGGCCCAAGUUCAAGAUGCCCUCCUUCGGGGUGUCCACCCCUGGCAAGGGCAUGGAGGCCUCUCUGGCCUCCAAAGUCCAGACAGACGUGGCCCUGAACCUCAUCCAGGGUGACCUCCAGACUACUGAUGUCACCGUUGAACAACCUUCUGCUGACCUGGAGUUCAAAGCUGGCCAGCUGGAUGUGAAGCUCCUGGAGGGUCAGCUGCCCGAGGGAGAGCUGGUUGGCCAGGCUACUGGAGCCGGCCUGAAAGGCCACCCGCCCAAGGUACAGAUACCCACCCUCAAGAUCCCCAAAGUGGACCUCAAGGGACCCCAGGUGGACAUCAAGGACUCCAGGGUGGAUGUGAAAGGCCCCAAGGGUGAGGUGAGUGCCCCUCAGGUGGUGAUGCCCAGCCUUGAGAUGGAUAUCCAGGCUCCCGGAGCCAAGCUGGAUGGGGACCUGGGCCCAGCAGACAAGGACGUGGUCUUCAAAGACAGCAAGUUCAAAAUGCCCAAGUUCAAGAUGCCCUCCUUCGGCUUGUCUACCUCUGGAAAGUCUUCGGAGCCUUGUGUUCUUUCUGGUUAUAAAGUUACUUCUGUUCCAUCUUUCCCCCCAUCUUCUCUUGACUCCCCUCUGUCCUCUGAAUGUUUUGCAGAACCUCAUUGCCUUUCUGAUGCUUCUUCUGCAGUCUUUGAUAGUUCUGUCCAUGUGUGCACUUCAGACAUAUUACCAGCCUCGUCUCGUGAUAGUCAGUCUAGUCCCAUUCAUCCUGUGCCUCCUUCAUUUCAUUUUCGUGUUACAUUUCCUAAAUUUCAUAAACCAAAAUUUGCUUUUGAAGCCCCAAGUACAUCAGUUUCAAAUUUAGACUCAGGUAUUGCAGAUCAUGAUGUCGUUCUGUCUCCUGUUAGCCCUGGGCAGGUGCAGGACUCCUCAGGUGAGAGAAUCAAGGUUCCCCUACUGUCAUGUUCUCAGGACAUGUCCACUGAUGUCCCUGUUUACCAGUCAAUGGAGGAGCACUCUAGCCAGUCAGGAGCUGGAGCCACUGCUGCACUUCCUGACCAGGAUGGGAAGGGGAGUCCCUUCAAGUUGUCCCACUUCCAACUUCCAUCAUUCAGCCUAUCUCCAAAGAAGGAGGUAGAACUGACAGUGGUUCCUGAGUACCACCUGGAAGAUCCCACACUUAGCGUGGUUUUGUCUAGUGAUCAAAUGGACUCCCAGACUACUGGUCACGUUUCCCAAAUGGAAGCACACCCAGAUCUACUUACAGACAAGGAAGGAGAGAAGGGAAAAAGCAAGAAGCCUGGGUUCACCAUGCCAAGGCUAGCCCUUCCUAAGCUGAAGCCUUCUAAGGGGUGGACCAUCCUGCCUCAGGGAGAUGUGGAGACACUUCAUCCGGUUGGAGGUGACUCUGAAGCCUCAGAAAGUGAAAGCAGCGGUGGUGUUGGUGAGGGCACUGGCACAAAGGAGGGCCCCUUGGAAGGAGAGCAUAUAAACCUCCAGCUACCGCAGGUCUGCAUUCCCAGUUUGGACUUUGCCAAACCUGGUCUCACAGCCUCUAUGGCCAAGGUGGAGGUGAGCCAAUGUAAAGCUGACCUGCCUCUUCCCAAACAUGACUCGGCUGUCACAGGUGGCAGCAAAGGAGUUGGGCUUGAGGGCGACUCGGCAAGCCAGUCCUGUGGGGAGGGGACAGCCCCUACAACAGAUGAUCCUCUGCAGCCAUCCUGUAGACAACCAGAUGAUGUCCCCACCAUGGAAAGGCCAGAGGAAGAUGCCACAGUGGGAGAUAUGCCGGCAGACUCACACGGGCGCUGGUUCAAAAUGCCCAAGUUCUACUUGCCUGGCUUCAGGAGGUCCUCAUCCAAGGAUCAAGAUGGAGCUAGGGAUCAGGAAGCAACUCAGAUGCACAUGUCGGCUGCCACUGCACCAGCAAAGACAGACGCAACAGCCAGAGAGCAGGUGUCCCAUAUUCCUGGGUCACAAGUGGAGGCAGGGGCAGAUGUGACAGCCUCUGAAAGCACAAUGUACACAGAUGUAUUAAGGCACGAUCCCCACAGCACAGAUCUGAAACUGCACCUCCCCACUGCUAGGAUGUCACAGAUGGAUCUGCCCACCUCUGAGAUCAGGAUCCAGCCAGCUGAGGGCUCCCUCUCCAUUCAGAUGCCUGGUGUGAGAUGGUCAGAACCCCAGGUCCCUCCAGAAGGAGUGGGUAAGUGGCUUCAGCCUGAAACAGAAGGACACGACCUUGCCAAGGUAGAGAAGAGAACAGAGACAUGGUCUUCCCAACCUGAAGGGCCUCUGAAACUGAAGGCUUCCAGUGCUGAUGUGCCAUCCCAAAUCUCCAUAGUGAACACGGGGCAGCUCUGGGAAGAUUCUGUGCUAACGGUCACGUUCCCCAAAUUAAACGUACCCAGGUUCUCCUUUCCUGCCCCCAGCUCUGAGGAUGACAUAUUCUUCCCUGUCGUAAGGAAAGUGCAGGAUGCAGAGGCCAGUGUUCACACUGCUCUUUGUCAGGAUGGCCCUGGGCUCUGGGGAGCCAGCCUCCUGAAGACAGGUGCUGAGGACACCAGAGAGCAGCCUGCAAGCCCUGACCUUCCUCUGGAGGCUUCCCCAGUUUCUAAAGUCAGAGUGCAUAUUCAGGGAGCUCAGGGUAAAAGUCAAGAGGUCAUCAUCCGCAGCAGGGUGACACAAGAGUAUGCUGAUCUCGCUGUGCCUGAGGCCUUUUCCACUCAGAUUGUGCGGGAAUCAGAGAUCCCCGUGUCAACGAUUCAGACUCCUUCUUACGGGUUUUCCUUGCUGAAGGUGAAAGUCCCAGAGCCCUCCAUGCCAGCUAGCGUGUGCACAGUGGCUCUAGACUCUGGGGCUUUGGAGGGCUUGGGUGAAGCUCCCACACCAACCAUCCCAGGAGCAGACCUUCUUCCUGGAGAUCUCCAGUCUGAAGCUACAGAGCCCUUUGAGAUGAUCUCUGCCAGUGUCAACCUGCCAGGGCUGCAAACAUUCACGUCUGAGGUUCGUUCUGGCCCCCAGCUUGCAGACAGUGGCUCAGAUGAGGAGCCAGCGGAAAUCCUUGAGUUUCCUGAUGAUAGCCAGGAGGUAAAGACCUCGCUGUCAGAUGAAGACAGGGCUCCAAAAGAGAAGCCAGAAAGUAAGAAGUCUUCUGGUUUAUUGUGGUCUUGGCUUCCAAGCAUUGGGUUCUCCUCUGUUGAUGAGACCAGCUCAGAUUCCAGAGACGAUGCCAGAAGAUCUGCUCCCAUCCAAACACAGCCUAUGGCCCAGCCAGACACAGAGCAGCCCAAGAAACAGGAGAGGGCUGGCUGGUUCCGGUUUCCAAAGUUAGGGUUCUCAUCACCUACCAAGAAGAGCAAAAGCAGCGAAGAUGAGGCAGACUUAGCAGAGCAAAGGCUCCAGGAGGAAGUGGUCACCUUUUUUGAUGCCCGAGAGAGCCUCUCUCCUGAAGAAGAUGAGGACUGUGAACGGGCAGCAGGGGCUGCGGGCAGCAGGCAGGAAUCCAGAGUGAUGGUGACAUCCCCAGCAAGAACGGAGCUUGUACUGCAAGAGCAGGGCAAAAAUGCUGGUGAUGACUCUGCACCCAAGCCCAUGGCCAAAUGAAUGCCAGAGAAUUGGUAGAGGAGAAUUGGAGGACAGGGGCCAGACACCUGUGUGGAGCACCCCACCCUGGCUAGUGCAUGACGUCCCCCUUGCCUUGAUCUACAAAACUGAGAAUGAAGAAGAAAUGAACAAGAAUGUUGUGUCACAUUACACAGCUCUCCUAAAAUGCAAACAAAAAUGUGCCAGCUCCCUCUAAGCUUUGGAAGCAAAGGAUGCAGAAUCCACUCAGCGUCACCGGCUCUUGGAGCUGCUGCUGGAAUAGCCCCAAGAGGCCUGACUAAUGCCUGGAGGCCAGGGUCUGAUGGCUGCGGCUAUAGAGCAGUUUCUGGUGGAACCUCUACCCUACUGUUCCUCUUUCCCGGUGAACGCAGUUUUCCUCUUUCAAACAGAGUAUAGUGUGUUCUGGGAAACCUGUUCCCCACUCACUCGCAAAGCUUUCUCCUUUGUUGACUGUCUCGCUAAUUAAUGGCAAGCUUUGGGAUGCUGUGUGUAAUGGUGGACAUGGCCAGUGGCUGACUCUGGUUGUGCCAAGUGGCAACUGUAGGCAGGGUGAGCUAGCAGAGGUCAAGACACCUGGGAGUUUUCUGAGACCCUGAUGCCAUGCCACUUGUCUGGCAGUGUCCAGCAUUUUCUCCAGUGUGCACAGUCCUGUGCUGUGGCCCCUGAGCCCAUCAAUGUAUACACCACAGCCAUGUAGCAGAUGGACCUGCUUAGCUGGCCUCUAAUGGGCAAUAAAGGAAGUGAUGCACUCCAUGGUCCAGGCUACUGUGUUCUUUUGUUCUAGAGUCUCCACUCCUCAAUGCAUUUGUUUUCCUCCCAUGCACCCCAGUUCUCAUCUCUACCACA